GUCACAUUUUCACCGAUCAUAAGAGCCUCAAGUAUGUAUUCACUCAGAAAGAGUUGAAUAUGAGGCAAAGGAGAUGGAUGGAGUUGAUCAAGGACUAUGACUUGAUCAUCGACUAUCAUCCCGGAAAGGCCAAUGUAGUGGCCGAUGCACUGAGCAGGAAGGGUACGUCGGGGACAUUACUCACAUGUCUACGAACUUUGAGGGCGCAAGUGGAGGUGUCCACGAGUGGGGUCCUCAUUGCUAGAUUCGAGGUUAGACCUACGUUACUGGGUGAGAUCAGUAGAUGUCAGGCCAUUGAUGAGGAAUGUCAGAAGAUCCGGGAGAGGAUCCUUGAAGGGCCCGUGGAGAACUUUCGGGUACGUGAUGACGGCCUUUUACUGUUUAAAGACCGUGUAUGCAUACCAAAGAGUGAGAAGCUCCAAAAGUCCAUACUAGAGGAGGCUCAUUCUUCGGCAUAUGCUAUGCAUCCAGGAGGUACUAAAAUGUACCGAGACUUGAAGGAAAGUUACUGGUGGUCGGGUAUGAAGAGAGACAUCGCAGAGUACGUGAGUCGAUGCCUUACUUGCCAACAAGUUAAGGCAGAGCAUCAACACCCGGCGGGGCUUUUGCAGCCACUGACCAUUCCAGAAUGGAAGUGGGAGCAUGUUACCAUGGACUUCGUGGUGGGGCUACCACGAACAGUGAACAACUAUGAUGCAGUAUGGGUAGUGGUUGAUAGGCUCACCAAGAGUGCACACUUUUUGCCUAUUAACAUCACUUACCCUCUUGAAAGAUUGGCAAAGCUAUACACGGAGGAGAUUGUGAGGUUACAUGGAGUCCCGAUAUCCAUUGUCUCGGAUAGGGAUCCACGAUUCACAUCCCGGUUCUGGCCCAAGUUUCAAGCAUCCUUGGGUACUAAAUUGAAGUUCAGCACGGCUUUUCAUCCACAGACGGAUGGACAAUCUGAGCGGGUGAUACAGAUAUUGGAGGACAUGCUUAGGGCGUGUGCUCUGGAGUUCCAAGGGAGCUGGGACAAACAUUUGGCUCUAGUAGAGUUUGCCUAUAACAACAGUUAUCAGGCGAGUAUUGGCAUGCCUCCAUAUGAGGCAUUGUAUGGGAGGAAAUGCAGAACACCGCUGUGUUGGGACGAGGUUGGCGAGGCCAAGCUCGAAGGGAUUGAACUUGUUGAAAUCACCAAGGCUAAGGUGAAAGUCAUUCAGGAUAGACUCAAGGCUGCCCAAGAUCGGCAGAAGAGUUAUGCCGACAAACGACGCAGGCCAUUGGAGUUUGAGGUCAGUGAUAAGGUCUUCUUAAGGAUUUCUCCUUGGAAGGGUAUCAUCCGAUUCAUAUCGAGGGGAAAGCUUAACCCCAGGUACAUUGGUCCAUUUGAAAUCCUUGAAAGGAUAGGGGCUGUGGCAUACCGUCUCAAGUUGACACCAGAACUUGAGAAGAUACACGACGUGUUUCAUGUAUCGAUGCUUAAGAAGUACGUGAGAGAUCCGUCUCAUAUUCUUGAAAAGCCACCGGUGGAGAUACGUGAAGAUUUACAAUAUGCGGUGGAACCGGUAAAGAUUGUGGGUCAACAGGUGAAGAAGCUCAGGAACAAAGAGAUUCCUAUGGUGAAGGUUCUUUGGAGGAGUGAUCGAGUCGAAGAAGAAACGUGGGAGACUGAGUUCUCAAUGAGGGAGCAAUACCCGUUUCUUUUCGGUUAGACACGUGGAUUUCGGGGACGAAAUCCCAAAUAAGGGGGGUGAACUUGUAACACCGUCCCCAAAUGUAUUUACUUUUAAGAGUAUAAUAUAUUGAACCUUAUGGAAUGGUUAAUGAAUAUACGAAGUGGUGAAUUUUUAAUAUUUCUUUUGCGUGAAAUAAUAAAUUCGCACGUGGGACCCACACCGGGAGCGGGGCCGCCCGAAUUUCCCGAAACCAUAUAUUUUAUUUAUCUUGGUCAAAAUAAUAUUUAUAUAGUGGUGACUACUUCAUUUGAACCAUGGAAAGGUCCAGAGUUGACCGAUUGGUCAAAAGAAACCCAAAUAUCGGUAUUGAUAAUUUAACCGAUAAAAGCCCGAAAUUGAAUUUCGGGGACUUAUAAAUUAAAGUUUGGGAAUGUAUAUUCAUUAUAAAGGGUAUAAUGAUUAAGAACACAUAAUAUAUUUUAUUUGACCCGAUAAAAUAAAAUAUAUUUAAAACAGUCCGAAAAAUACAACUUUCGGAGCCGAUUGUACACUUCUGGACCAAAGGGGUUGACCUCCCACUUGGGUGGGGGCCAACCCACGAAUUUGGUCACACAAAGUUGAUGUUUGGCCGGCUGAAUGAUGAAGGAAACAUGGGUGAGGUGUGUGAUGUGAAUGGAAAGGAAUCAAACAAAAUAAAAGGUGGGUCUCUCCCCACACCCCUCAUGCUAUUGAGACAAAAGAAGAUACUCACCCCCUUCCCUCUUCAUCACUCGGCCACACCCUCAAGAGAGGAAGAAAAUCCCAGAAAAAGUAGCAUCUUCCAUAGCCAAGAACAAGCUCAAGCUCAAGGAGGUCCAAGGGGGAGGUUUUUAGGAGGAAAAACUAGGUGGAUUAAGGAACUUGAUUAAGGAAUUUUUAAGCUUCGCCGGAGUUUCGCCGGAGUUGGUCAAAGUUCGCCGGAGUUGGUCAAAGUUUGCCGGAAUUAGUCAAAGUUCAAUCGGGAAGCGUAGAACGCGCUUAAGCUCACUUAAGUUUCAGGUAGAACUUGAAGGUUGCUACCAUCGCCGUUGCUCCAAGUGAAAUUCAGGAGAAGAAGACGUGGUUCGUGCUUCCUCCGUUCCUGUUUUAAAAUCAUUUAAAUUAAUGCUCAUGGAUGUUAUCGUUUGAAUAAUUAUUUGAUGGCUUGUAUGCCCAUGUUUCGCCAAGUGUGGCUUGAACACUUGUAUUAAACGUUUCCGC